GCCCUUCUGGAACCAAUCAGAAGCGAGAAACCGCGGCCAUCUGACAGAGCUGGAGGCGGGCUCUCGAGCCUUUUCUCUUUUUUUCCCCUCGGCCUUACCCCUCCUCCUCUGUCUCCGAAUGGAGAGUGCUCUUUUUUCUCAUCUAUUCAAUCUCAGAGAUCGCCGUGUCCCGCGGCCUGAGCCACACCGCGCAGAGCCCGCAGAAUGCGCCGAGCGCAGAGCGACCGAGCCCGCCGCCGCCGCCGCCGUUCGCCCAGAGAGCGCCGCCUCCGCCUCCGCCUCGCCUUCUGAGCCCAGAGCGUGUGGAGAGGGAACGCGGUGGAUGCGGGAGUCGCAGGAGAGGAACCUCCGGAUCGCGAAAUGUUGGAAUGGAAGGCGCACACUGUGACUCGCCGUCCCAAACAGGAGUAUGAAGUGCUUUGUGGCUCCGGGAACGCCAAACGAGAAACCCCGCUUCCUUCGGAUAGCCAGACGCGCUUACGGGGGGAUAUACUAACGUGGAUAGCGAGAAGCCCAGCGCAGACCGUGCAACAUGGCCUCGGCUGUUAAUGUCUCCUCCGAGCAGGAAAACAGGGACCCCGAUCGGCCGAGGGUAGCGCGGAGGAACAGGGGCAGCAGUCGCGCAGCCGCCUUGGAUUUGGAGUACUUGCAGCGGCCGAGCUACUGCGAUGCCGCGUUCGCGCUGGAUCAGAUCUCGGAGGGCAAGGCGACUGGAAGGAAAGCGCCGCUGUGGCUGAGGGCUCAGUUUCAGAGACUUUUCUUUAAACUUGGCUGCUACAUACAAAAGAACUGCGGGAAGUUUUUGGUCGUGGGCCUUAUAAUAUUCGGAGCUUUCGCCGUUGGUUUAAGGGCAGCUAAUCUGGAGACGGACGUGGAGAAACUCUGGGUGGAAGUGGGUGGCAGGGUGAAUCAGGAGCUGAAGUACACGCGACAGAAGAUCGGGGAAGAGGCCAUGUUUAACCCUCAGCUUAUGAUCCAGACGCCGCGCUAUCAGGGUGCAAACAUCCUGACUGUGGAGGCACUGAAACAGCACCUGGACUCUGCCAUCAAAGCCAGCAGAGUGCAUGUUUCAAUGUACAACAGGAAAUGGAAAUUAGAACAUUUAUGCUACAAAUCAGGAGAAUUCGUUACAGAAAACAAUUUUGCUUACCAGAUAAUUGAAAAUCUACAUCCCUGCCUCAUCAUUACACCUCUGGACUGCUUCUGGGAAGGUGCCAAGCUACAUUCGGGCAUAGCCUAUCUCCCUGGUGAACCCCCUCUGCAGUGGGUCAACUUUGACCCUAUGGCGCUGAUUGCUAAGCUGAAGGCAGUGACCAACCUGGUGGACAGUUGGGAGGAGAUGCUGGUGAAGGCUGAGGUAGGACAUGGCUACAUGGAUCGACCCUGCAUCAACCCCGCAGACCCAGACUGUCCUGUAUCUGCUCCCAACAAGAACUCUUCACGGCCGUUGGAUAUUACCCGUGUCCUUACCGGCGGCUGCUAUGGAGUCUCCAGAAAGUACAUGCACUGGCAGGAGGAGCUCAUCAUCGGAGGGACCAAGAAGAACAACAGUGGGAGACUUCUUAGUGCCAAGGCUCUGCAGACCAUGUUCCAGCUCAUGACCCCCAAGCAGAUGUACGAGCACUUAAAGGGCUAUGAAGCAGUCUCUCACAUGAACUGGAACGAGGACAAAGCAGCUGCCAUCCUGGAGGCCUGGCAGAGGAGGUACUCCGAGGUGGUCCAGCAGAGUGUGUCCAUCAACUCUUCUCAGAAGGUGCUGACAUUUACCACCACCACUCUAGAAGACAUCCUUAAAUCCUUCUCCAGUGUUAGUGGCAUCAGGAUUGCCAGUGGCUACUUGCUCAUGCUUGCCUAUGCGUGUCUGACCAUGCUGCGCUGGGACUGCGCUAAGUCCCAGGGGGCAGUGGGGCUGGCCGGAGUGCUGCUGGUCACUCUGUCUGUCGCAGCUGGACUGGGCCUUUGCUCUCUUAUUGGCAUCUCCUUCAAUGCCGCUACUACUCAGGUGCUACCAUUCCUUGCCCUAGGUGUGGGAGUGGAUGAUGUCUUUCUUCUUGCUCACGCCUUCAGUGAAACUGGCCAGAAUAAGAGAAUCCCAUUUGAGGACCGUACAGGCGAAUGUUUGAAGAGAACCGGGGCCAGUGUGGCUUUGACCUCCAUCAGUAAUAUCACUGCUUUCUUCAUGGCUGCCCUCAUCCCAAUCCCAGCACUGCGGGCCUUCUCCCUACAGGCUGCUGUUGUGGUGGUGUUUAACUUCGCCAUGGUGUUGCUCAUCUUCCCUGCCAUACUAAGCAUGGACCUGUACCGCAGAGAGGACCGCCGCUUCGACAUCUUCUGCUGCUUCGUCAGUCCGUGUGCUAACCGGGUCAUCCAGCUGGAGCCCCAGGCAGCAUACGGUGACCCAUCAAGUGAGGCGGGCCACUACAGCCCCCCUCCAUCCUACAGCAGCCAUGGCUUCUCCCAGCAGACGCAGAUCACAAUGCAGUCCACGGUGCAGCUUCGCACGGAGUACGACCCACGCACACAGGCCUAUUACACUACAGCCGAGCCGCGCUCACGCAUCUCCGUCCAGCCUUUCCCCCCAACCACCACCAAUGUCAACCACCACAAUAACAACAACAGCUGGGCUGGCGCCGGGCCGGGGGUCGUGCGGGGAAACCCGGCAGGUGACACAGCGUCCUGCCGGAGCACGGAGGGCGCCAGCUCCACCAGGGACCUCCUGUCCCACAGUGGGGAGACAGGGCCGAGCUGCGCAGAACCGGCCUGCUCCCGCUGGACCUUUGCCUCUUUCGCCGAGAAGCACUAUGCGCCUUUCUUGUUGCAGCCAACCACGAAGGCAGUGGUGAUUCUCCUCUUCUUGGCCCUGCUGGGCAUCAGCCUGUACGGGACCACCUGCGUGCGAGAUGGUCUGGAGCUGACGGACAUCGUGCCGCGGGAGACGGCUGAGUACGACUUCCUGGGCGCUCAGUUUCAAUACUUCUCCUUCUACAACAUGUACGUGGUGACGCAGCAAGCGGAGUACGCCCAGGCCCAGCCACUACUCUAUGAGAUGCACCAGCGCUUUGGUGCAGUCAAGUACGUCCUUCGUGAGGACAACGGCCAGCUGCCUCUCAUGUGGCUGCACUACUUCCGUGACUGGCUGCAAGGUCUGCAGGAGGCUUUUGAUAAAGACUGGGAGGCGGGCAGGAUCACUCAGGGGAACUACAAGAACGCCUCUGAUGACGGAGUCCUGGCCUACAAGCUCCUGGUGCAGACCGGCCGCAGAGACAAGCCCAUUAACUACAACCUGCUCACCAAACAUAGACUGGUGGAUGCAGAUGGGAUCAUCAACCCCAGCGCCUUCUACAUCUACUUGACCGCCUGGGUCAGCAAUGACCCGGUCGCCUAUGCUGCCUCUCAGGCCAACAUCCGUCCUCAUCCUCCAGAGUGGAUCCAUGACCGCACUGAUUCUAUCCCCAUCAACAGCUUCACCAUUCCUGCCGCAGAGCCCAUCGAAUAUGCACAGUUUCCCUUCUACCUCAAUGGGCUGCGCGAGACGCCCCAGUUUGUGGAGGCCAUUGAGAGUGUGCGCUCCAUCUGCAGCAACUACAGCCGGCAGGGUCUGCCCAGCUACCCCAACGGUUACCCAUUCCUGUUCUGGGAGCAGUAUGUGGGCCUGCGCCACUGGCUGCUGCUCUUCAUCAGCGUGGUGCUAGCCAGCACCUUCCUGGUGUGUGCUAUCUUCCUGCUCAACCCCUGGACUGCUGGGAUCAUCGUGCUGGUGCUGUCUCUGAUGACUGUAGAGCUGUUUGGUAUGAUGGGACUGAUUGGAAUCAAGCUGAGCGCUGUGCCUGUGGUCAUCCUCAUCGCUUCAGUGGGCAUUGGUGUGGAGUUCACUGUCCACGUGGCCCUGGCCUUCCUCACUGCUAUAGGGGACAGGAACAAGCGGGCAGUGCUGGCCCUGGAGCACAUGUUUGCGCCUGUGCUGGACGGAGCCUUCUCCACCCUGCUGGGAGUGCUGAUGUUGGCAGGCUCCGAGUUCGACUUUAUAGUUAGAUAUUUCUUUGCUGUAUUGGCCAUCCUCACCGUAUUGGGGGUCCUAAAUGGCCUGGUGCUGCUCCCAGUCUUGUUGUCCUACUUCGGCCCUUAUCCUGAGGUGUCUCCGGUGGAUGGGCGUAGCCGACUGCCCACUCCAUCUCCAGAGCCUUUUCCACCAGUGGUGCACUUCACCAUGCGGCCCAGCCACACCACCCCUGGGACAGGCUCAGACUCCUCCGACUCAGAGUACAGCUCUAACUCCACAUUCUCAGGCAUCAGCCAGGAGCUCCAGCACUAUGACCUCCAGGCCAGCAGGGGGCGACCCACCAGGCCUGAGGAGGUGCGAAUUUCCACUGGGCCGAGACAAGGCGGUCAUCAUGUGGAGCCGCCCAACUACUCAACUGGGCCAGCUGAUGCCAGGCAGCAGCAGCGUCAGCAGCAUCGUUAUCGCUCCGGUCAUCCUCCUCGCUCUCAGGAUGUAGGACCUCAGUCUUCCCGUCGACAAAGCAACAGGGACCCUAAGAGGGAAGCGGGAAGUGGACACCCCCCUCCGCCUCAGAGGCCGCGAACGGACGCUUUUGAAACCGCUAAUGAGGCUGGUGGCCACUUCGGCCCCAGAGAACGUUUGGCUGGGCGCCGGCCUCGCUCCCACAACCCUUACCCUCACCCCACCCACUCUGCCUCAGGCCCUGUCUACUGCCAGCCCAUCACCACGGUGACGGCCUCAGCCUCCGUGACGGUGGCCGUUCAUUCAGGGAUGGCCGGCCAAAGCCCUGGCUACCCCUGCUACCCCUCCAACGACAGCUAUCGCACUUCAGAAGAAACCUACCCCGACACCCACUUCCCUGACCCGCAUGUGCCCUUCGAUGAGAGCUGCCACAGUGCAGAUCCCAAGGCGGAGGGCAUGGAGCUGCAGGACCUAGAGUUCCACUCUCCCAGCGAUUGCCACACAAGACCUUCCAGCUGAGUGGUUGAAUGUUGAAGCACAAAUGGCCAAAGAUGGGACAUCGCCGUCUGCUAGUGUGGAAGAGACAUGGUGCUGCAGGGUGGGGGCACUUGGACCAGCAGCGCCUCUGUGGUGCUUGACUCUGUUACUGUAUAGCUCUAAUGUAUGUCUGUCUUAGAUAUUUCUAUAAGUAUUUAAAAAGAAACGUGUACACAAGUGUAAAUAUGAAUGAGAGUAGCUAUAAUUGGACCAGUCUGGGGGUCAUCAGACUGGUGUCCAUGUGUAUGAUUUUGUGAUUACUGUCCACCCAUCAUCUGUGUAUCUGUGCCAUGAGGAAGCUUCAUGUUUGACAUACUUAUCAGCAUACAGAUGUUGCUGCUUAAGAUGUUGUAAUGUACCUGUAUUAUUCUAUGCAAUUAUUUUGAUGUUAGUGUGUGUGUGUGUGUGUGUGUGUGUGUGUGUGUGUGUGUGUGUGUGUGUGUGUGUGUGUGUGUGUGUGUGUGAGCGAGUGAGAGU